UCGCUGUUCAUUUGACCAAUCACAACAAGCGAAGUCGGCAGGACGAAGAGCUGAGAUCACUCUUCCCUGUAGCAUCUGCUCUUGUUUGUAGCUACAUUAGCCCAGUCAUUAAGUUAGUUGACCAGCCUUCUUAUAGCCGGCUGGUCGCACAGAAGCAGUAAAGGUCUGUAAUUUUCACUACGAUACAGACAAGAGCGGAAGGUGAACUAAGUUACAUUUCGGCUGGAGCAUAUAGGUGGACAUGUUUAAUAAGCUGCAUGGGGCACUCGGGACUUACCUGGCUGCCAGUCUAUCAACUGACAGCUGUCACCGCACCUAGCUGCUUAAGCUAGCUGGCUAGGUGAGCUAACGGCUAACAAGUGUUUUUUCGGGUUCGUAGCCUGGCUAAUUUAGCUGGACAGAUCUGAUAUAACUUCAGAGUGGAAGGCGACGGCUUCCGGAUGAACGCUAUAUCUAAUUAUUUUCUAAACAACAUUUUACUCUGGCUGCUUUCCAAACUAUGUUAGCCGAAGAGCUUCGGACUGCAGUGUUUGGAAUAUUUUGAGAAUCGGCUAGUUAGCUAGCUUUUAACUAGCUUAAAGCUCGCUGGCUGCAUUCAUUCAAUUAUUGAGAAACUGCUAAACCGUUAACGCCAGCACCUCAACGAACAGGACUGGCCACAUUCAAGUCAUUAUUGUUGUUACGAUACUACUAGAUUUUGACUUGAGUGCUUUGGAUUACUUCGGGGGGAAUGAAGAAAUUUUUUGAUUCUCGUCGGGAGUUGGUGGGCUCUGGGCCUGGCUCCGGAGUCGGCGGAGGAGGCGCAGGUUCCGGCGGCGGUUGCAGCUUCAUUGGACGGGUCUUUACCAUUGGACGAUAUCAAGUGACUGUCGAGGAAAUUGUCGCCGAAGGAGGUUUUGCCAUAGUUUUUUUGGUGCGGACUCAUCAAGGUCUGCGUUGUGCACUUAAAAGGAUGUAUGUCAACAACGAACAUGACCUGCAAGUCUGCAAACUUGAGAUACAGAUUAUGAGGGACCUAGUGGGCAACAAAAACAUAGUUGGCUUCCUGGACUCCAGCAUAACUGCAGUUGGAGCUGGCGAUGUGUGGGAAGUCCUAAUCUUAAUGGACUUCUGUCGAGGUGGACAAGUGGUUAACCUAAUGAACCAGCGGUUACAGACAGGUUUUACUGAAGGCGAGGUGUUACAGAUCUUUUGUGACACAUGUGAAGCGGUUGCACGUCUCCACCAGUGCAAGACUCCAGUUAUCCAUCGAGAUCUCAAGGUGGAAAAUAUUCUUCUGCACGACCGAGGACACUACGUGCUCUGUGAUUUUGGGAGUGCCACUAACCGCUUCCAAAACCCUCAGACUGAGGGGGUUCCAGUUGUAGAGGAGGAAAUCAAAAAGUACACCACUCUCUCAUACCGCGCACCAGAGAUGGUCAACCUCUAUGGUGGGAAGAUCAUCACAACAAAGGCAGACAUUUGGGCCAUGGGUUGUCUGCUCUAUAAGCUGUGCUUCUUCACACUUCCUUUUGGAGAGAGCCAAGUGGCUAUCUGUGAUGGAAGUUUCACUAUUCCAGACAACUCCCGCUACUCCCAGGACAUGCACUGUCUCAUCAGAUACAUGCUGGAACCUGACCCAGAUAAUAGACCAGACAUCUACCAAAUAUCCUACUUUGCCUUUAAACUGGCUCGAAGAGAGUGUCCAGUUCCAAAUGUACACAAUUCACCUAUUCCUGCAAAACUUCCUGAGCCUAUCAGAGCCAGUGAAGCAGUGGCCAAAAAGAGUCAAACCAAAGCCAGGCUCACAGACCCCAUUCCUACCACCGAAACCUCAAUCGCACCACGGCAAAGACCCAAGGCUGGCCAGCCUCAGCCCCAGCCAAUAUCAGGCAUUCUUCCCAUCCAGCCAGCUCUCACCCCACGCAAAAGACCCAACAUGGCUGCUGGAGCAUCACAGGCCAUAGGAGUCGGCAUCAGUGUCCCAGCUCCAGCUGCAGCUGCUGUCCAACCUGCUCAACAGGCUCCUGGUACACAGGCUGCUCCUCAGCCAACUCAGACCGCCAACAUGCAGCUACCUGCUACGCCGCAGCAUCAGCAGCUCCUCAUGAAGCAGCAGCAACCCUCAGCUUUCUUGAGCCCGCAGAGUAACCAGCAGUAUCAACUGGUACAGAGCGUCCACCAGCAGCAGCAAACAGCAUCUCAGGCGUCUACCCUGCUGCAGUCCCAAGCUAAGCUUGUUCCUCCAGUUGUUGUCCUGCAUCACCAGCAGCAUGUAGCCCAUGAAACAGCAGCUUCUCAUCUGACCCCCAUCCCUGAAUCUGCAGCCGUUGGUCCUGCGGCUGACCCAGAGACAGCUGGCCGAGGGGCUCACAAAGUCGGCUCAUUGACACCUCCCUCAUCGCCAAAGAUGGCCCCGAAGAGCGGCCACAGACGCAUCCUGAGCGAUGUCACUCACAGUGCUGUGUUUGGGGUCCCGGUCAGCAAGUCCACCCAGCUACUGCAGGCGGCUGCAGCUGAGGCCAGCCUCAACAAGUCCAAAUCAGCCAGCACUACUCCUUCUGGUUCCCCAUGCUCGUCCCAGCAGAGUGUGUAUCAUCCAUGUGAUGCCCAGGCAGGCCUUCCAGCACCCAACGCUCAGCCCAACUGGAACCCCUUCGGCGAUGAUAACUUCUCCAAGCUAACAGCAGAGGAGCUGCUAAACAAAGACUUUGCAAAGUUAGCUGAGACUGCUGCACCAGGAGAGAGGACCACUGGCUCGAGUGAAAAUCUCAUUCCAGGGCUAAAUGCGUUUCCAGAGAAACUGAUUGAGGGAUUGAAGUCCCCUGAAACUUCUGUGCUGCUUCCUGACCUUUUAACCCUGGCUGACCCCUUCAGUAGUUCUGCAGAGAGCUCCACCAAUGCAAAGGCAGAGGUGUGUAUGGAUUCACUGAUUCCUGGUUUGGAAGCCCCGCAGGCCCAGCGACAUUCAGGCCAGCCAGAACUCAUCCCUGCCAGCAUGCCAGACUCUCUCACUGGGGAGGACUCUCUGCUGGGUUGCGAUCUUUUAUCUCAUACUUCUCCUCAUGGAAGCCAAUCUAUUUCUGCUCUCCCUUCCUCCUCCUCCUCCUCCUGCUCUUCUGCUCCUCCUGGCUCUGGCACUGGAUCCUGUCUGGAGGAGCUGCCACCUGGUCAGACAGCUUCUGACUCUGCUUUCCUCAUGUCGUGUGGGGAGAAGGGCAAUGACGACGAGUUUGACCCUAUUCCUGUGCUCAUCUCCAAAAACUCAAAUCAAGGUGGUCACUCGCGCAGCAACAGUGGCAGUUCAGAGUCCAGCAUCCCCAACUUGGCCCGCUCCCUUCUGCUGGUGGAUCAGCUCAUCGACCUCUAGAGGGGGUGGGAGAGGUCGAAGGGGGCAGUGUGCAAUCCUAACAAAGGGAGGGAGGGGUGGGGGUGGGGGAUAGAGAUGGAGAAGCGGAGGCACUUAAUGUAGCACCUUAAGUAUGACGUGAAACAAAGGAGCCAGCUCAGCACUGAUUGGUUCAGUGGAACCUUUGUGUUUAUGUGCCUCCUUGGGCUCAUCUCCAUCUCUAGUUGCCUGAUAAGCUGAUUUCAUAUAUCUCAGCUGGCUUUUGACAUUCCCACGCUGGUAAAAAUCUUCUCAUCAAUGCCUGAGCAUAUCGUCUGCUUCUGUCCCGGCGACACCAUGGUCUUCCUCAUGCUUUCCUCAUAUUUGCAUCAAUAUCCCUCAUUGAGUGCUCUGCCAUGGUGGUCGACUUUAACCGUAUGCACUUGUUAAACUGCUUGAUCACAGCUGCAUUGUGCUCACUUUGUGUACUUGUACAGGGUUGAAGCUUUAUGUAAACAACCCACCUCAAGCCAGGCAUGCUCAUUUGUGUCAGGGGUCUGACUAAAGAGUGAAAUGCUGUGGACCUCCGGGAAACAUAAUGCACUUUCCUGUUCAAGCUUAAGACUAAAUUAUUGAUCAAACAAAGACAUACCCUGAGGGUUCAACUGAGAGCUGUUUGCACUGAUUGAACCAGUUUGUAAAGAAAAACAAUUGUCAGCUUUGGACACUCAUUACAAAGGUUGCACCAAAUUUUUUCCAUUCAAAGCUUCUGCUGAGGUUUUCUAAUUAAGCUUUGAAUGUCUGUUGUCAUAUUUUAUGACGUGAUCACCUCAAACAUACUAAGUCAACACAUAAAUAAAUAAUCCCAAAACAAAAUCCUCAACUUCAAAUUGCUGUUAGACUUCCUUGUUAAUACAGUAGAGUGCAGCUGCAUUUUGAAAAUGACUACAUCUUACCUCUCUGAAGUUAUUAGAAAUGUUUCGAUCGCACAAGUUGGCUGUUGAAGGAGAUUUCAGCUGCCUUUUUCAAACAUUUUGCAUCAUCUGAAAAGGUCAGAUCUGGUCAGUUCUGUGCUGCUAUUCGCUCAGAGAUCAGCAGGUUUUAACAGCUGUUAAUCUAAGCUAUGGUAGUUUGUGUAUUGAGAGCUGCAGCUGAAGCUUAACUGCAUAUUUUCACCUCUUUGGGGAUGUAAGGCAGGAUAUUAGUUCUCCUAAAACUGCGACUGUAAAUCUGUCAGCCACGAUGAUGUGUUGAAAUCCUGAAACUGGUGAAGUCAGUGUUAACAUGGCUGAUUCAUUCAGCUCCGUUGCCAAGGCAGGAUUUUUUUCCACUUUCAGCAUUAUCUACAACCCUUCCUAAGACCAAUAAUGGUAUGCGUGCAUUUUACAUCUUUUUAUGUGUAGACUCAGCAUCAUUUUCUUUCACCCACUGUCAAGAUAAGCACACAGAAACAAAAGUUAACCAAGUUAUUUGCCCUGUAGCCAUGCCAAAGGAAAGAUUUUAUCAUUAUAAGGCUACUUAGCCAUGUGUCCUGUCUGCUCUCAGGGUCAGUGAAGAUGAGCAGAUUUUUAGCAGCACACCUCCAAUACACAGAGGUGUCAGUGUAGAUACUGUCUUAACAAAUAAGCUUUAUGUGAACAUCUCCCUCUCCCAUUGACAUCCCCUCUGUCCAGUCUAUCCCUCCCACAUUCACUGAGGUCUCACUUGGCUCUCGUGACAUUCAUUUCAGAGGAGAAAUUCAGAAAAACUUCUUUGUAUGUACAUAAAAUCAUGAUUAUUUUUCUCAUUUUUGCUGUUGUUAGCACUGGUAAAAGUAGGGUUUUUUGUGUGUGUAAUAUUUAAAAGCAUUUCAUCUGUCAUGGUACGAAUAAAUGUGACUAUUACUGAUAGUGCUUUAGACUGAAUGUAUGAACCAUUAUAAAAUAUGUAAAAUUGAUAAGGACAUAUAGAUAAAACAAAUAUUUGUGUAUUGAGGUGUAUUUAAAAGAUAUUGACUGUCUGUCCAAAGUCCUUCUGUCUUUUCUCUCCAUUCAUGUCAAGCAUUCAGCUAGCACAUCUCUUUUAGACAACGACACAUGAAACAAAGUGCUUAUGACUUACCUGACCGGGUAGUAUUUUUAUCUCUGCACCAAGGUUAUUUACGUGAUACUGGUUCUUAUAUUGCUGUAUAGCACUGUUAUCCAACAGGCAGCAGAACAGAGCUAAUGACGGAAUGUAUUUCCUGAUAUCUCUGUAGCACCGUUCACCUCGGGCAACUGUUCCGGUCUUGUCAAAGUCUUGUGAAGUGUUACCCUUCAUUCUGGCUUUUUCUGUCGCCAGUGAAGGUCUGUUUGUGUAGGCAUAAGUCUCUUUUAAAGAUCAUGUCACCUCAGAUAUGUACGUACAAACAGAGCACAAAACAUAGUUAAGUUAGGGACAUAAUUUCUCCUCCUUCUCCACACAGUUUACAUAUUGAAAACACUAAGAACUGGCAUAGGUAAAUAAAACUCCUUUUUUUUCUUUCCAUCUAAUGUUGUUCAGUUAAGUCAUUUGCAUUUUUGUGGCUAAUCUAUGCAAUCCUACAGUAGUGCUUCAUGUCCUUAUAAGACGCUACAGUGCUGUAUCCUGUAGCGUUCUCGCCUUGGCCGUACAGUUUUACUCGUGUUGCCGCGUGAAACCGAUACUCGUUGUGCUGCUUGGGUUGAUAUGAUGGCUGGUUGUUUAAAAAUGACUUGAUUAUAUCAAAAUGUUUGACAUGAUUUGGCAGAUGUCCAUAUGUCAAAACAGGAGCGUUUAUGGAGUGUGUACUUCUAUUUUUAUGAAUUAGGGCUCAAGAAGAGAGACACAGAAUAAAAGUCAUUAAUGUGAAUGUAAA